CUAAGUUGUUCUGUGGACGCACAGGCCUUUUUCGCCAUCGACGCAAGCACCUGCUUACUACGAGUUUCCCAAGCUCUUUCGGGCGAUCUUAGCAAGGCUACUGAAUACACCAUUUUCGUGACUGCUACUGAGAUGACAACCAGCAACCGCCAGUUCGCCACGGCAAGCGUGCAAGUGACAGUCCUCCGUGACCUGUACCCCCCUCAGUUCAACAACCUCCCCGCCACCAUAGACGUGAACGAGGAUCUCGCUGUCAACGGGACCAUCUUCACCGCAGACGCCUACGACAGGGACAUCCAAGGAACCAUGAAGUAUGAGCUUAUAGGGGUCUUCCCAGCCAAGAGCUUCUUCGAGAUCGACCCUUCUUCUGGUGCCAUCGUCCUCAGGAACAGUCUGCUCUCAGACACGCUUGGCCGCACAGCGUACACGGCCCGGGUACAGAUUUACGACACCGCACGACCGGACAAUCGCACCCAGGCAGAUCUCAGCAUAAGGGUCGUGAGGAACUCCAAUGGUCCCAUCUUCUCUUCAACAAGAUACGAAGCAUCCGUGGCAGAGAACUUCCCCUUGUAUCAGUCCCUGGUCCAGGUCGGCGCUAGUGAUGCUGACGGGGACAAGCUUACAUACACCCAUCUUGGCACUGCUGAGGAACAGAAACUGUUCUAUCUGAAUCCAGACAGUGGGGUUAUCUCCCUUGGCUCAUCUCUUCAAACCACCACCAAGAAUCAAUUUGUGUUCGAAGUAGAGGCCUCAGACAAUCGUGUGUCCAGCAUUGCCAGAGUGAACAGUGUCACCGUGGCUAUUACUGUACAAAGAGACAGUGGUCCCCCACGGUUCCUCAACGCCCCAUACGUCUUGGACGUCCCCAUCCGACAGCCGGUCAACUCUAGCGUGGUCAUCGUCAUCGCUCGGGACCCUGACGCCAAGGGUCUGAUGAGGUACCGACUGGACGGUAUCGACCCCGGCACUCAAUACUUCUCCAUCAGUGAGAUCACUGGCAACAUCAUGGUCAAGCAAGAGUUGACUCUCAACACCGAUGUCUAUGCUAAAUAUACGCUAUUGGUAUCGGCAUAUGACACCAGCAGCCCCGAGAUUGUCAUAACAGAGCCAGUUCAGAUUAGAGUAUUAAGGAACCUGUAUUCCCCAGUGUUUGUGAACAAGUCAUACACGCAAACUAUCUACGACUUCAAGCCUGUGGGAUCAAACGUGCUGCAAGUCACUGCCAUUGAUGAUGACAUAACGGCUCCGGAAAAUACCUUCACAUAUGAUAUAGACAACAAUUCGCCAGCCAACGAGUUCUUCUCAGUUGAUCCUUUCAGUGGUAUUAUAAGAAUCACAAAGGAACUGUCACAGAGCACCGCCUCUUCCUAUUUGUUUAAUGUGAUUGCUCGUGAUCUGGGCGCCUACAGUCGAUCUGAUACGGCUACUGCUACAGUUAUUAUCCAGCGAAACAGUGGACGUCCAGUGUUCAUUGACCCCGGUCAGUACGACGUCACCGUGUCCGAGACCAUGUCCGUGCUGUCACCUAUCCUACAGGUGGCAGCUGUGGACAGCGACUCUGCUGACACGCCCAAUGGCCAGAUCGUCUACACACUCAUCGGUCCAUCGGGGGCUCAGCGAUUGUUUGAGGUUGACAUGAUGACUGGGAAUGUCACUGCUAGGGUCUCCCUCACUACAGCUGCCAAUGAUACCUACAGGCUCACUGUUCGUGCCAGCGAUCGAGGCACACCAACUCAGAGCUCAGAGGUAACCGUGGUCAUCCGAAUCCGUCGCGAAGGAACCCCGUUCUUCCAACAAGCAGAGUACAUCGUCAGUCUGACUGAAAACACGGCCGUAGACACCACCGUGAUUGACUUGAACGCCACAGACCCCCUUGACAAUAAGUUGAUCUAUGAGAUCAAUGGUGAUGGAAUGGCAUCUACAUUAUUCCGCAUCAAUCCAGAAACUGGUCUACUGAGCGUGGCCCAGCCGUUCAAGACAGACACUCAAGAGUCGUAUGUUAUUCGUGUGCGUGCCUACAGACAGACGGACGCUGCUAUCUUCGCCACAGUGAUUGUGAGAGUGGUCAUUACAAGAAACACCAAUGCCCCACGGUUCCUCCAUAAUGACCUAGUGUUUAAUGUGGCGGAGAACUAUCCUCUGGGCGUUUCAUUGGGUCGACUGAAUGCUACUGAUAAGGAUACCGGUAAUAAUGGUAGAAUAACGUACACCAUCGACGCCCAGAACUCCAUACCGCUGUACGUGCGCGACUUCUUCUACGUUAGCCCCACAACAGGUGCUCUGUCGGUAACAAAGAGCCUCCAAGAGGACGACAACCAACCCCUGAGUUAUAUUCUCAGUAUCCUGGCAACAGACAAUGGCUUCCCAACUAAAUUCGCAGCGGUUCAGGUGGCAAUUAACGUUGUGAGGAAUCGGAAUGGUCCUACUUUCUCCGAUGACGUGUAUCAGAUUAAUAUCGAUGAGAAUGUUUCUCUCGGAACCAGCCUCCUCCAAGUACAGGCACCAGAUGCUGAUGGUGACCGAGUGACGUAUACUCUUCUGUCAGCAAUGCCCACUUCCCUGUACUUUAACGUCGACGAGAGUACAGGCGUGCUCAGUGUUGCCGCCUCUUUCCUGAUUGACAACACAGCUAAAUACAUCAUGACAGUGAGCGCCCACGACUACCCAGGUGAAGGCGCCCUGCCCCGCAGCAGUGAGGCUACAGUGAUCGUCAACGUGCGACGCAAUCCUAACACCCCUUUGUUUAUCCAGUCAUCGUACAACAUCACCAUCUCCGAGUACACGGCAGUGCAGGCUGUCAUAGCAACUAUCAGGGCUACAGAUGCUGAUCCCGGUGACACGCCUAGCGGCCAGCUAGUGUACAGAAUCACCAGCGUUACGUUCCCCGGCUUCCAGAGCAACACCCUCCCAAAUAACUACGACUUCUUCAUCAUCAGCCCCACCUCAGCUGACAUAUACCUGGCCCAGACUCUCAGCAAAUACGGUGUCCCAGACACGUUCUAUAUUACUAUUGAAGCUGCCGACAGAGCCUUGCCGCCUAAGACCUCUACAGCUCAGCUCGAGGUCCACAUUCUCCGCAACAUAAACACCCCUCUCUUCACGUCCACAAGCUAUAGUGCCAGUAUUGAGGAUACUUCGGUGGUUGGGAGAUCUCUGUUCACCGUCACCGCUGUUGAUGCUGAUAAGGAUGUACCUCUUAAUCAAAAUACCCCCAACGCAAAAUUCGAUUACAUUGUUGACCCUGUAUACACCGAAGCCGUCCGGUACUUCGACGUCACUUCCGACGGCAUCGUGAACAUCAGGAACCCCCUCAUAUCUGUCGAUGUUACAUCGUUCUUCUUUUACAUUAUUGCUAUUGACAAGAGUUGGCGUCCUCUGAGUAGCCGAGUCCCAGCUCGCGUAAACGUCACCCGCAUCAGCACCGGACCCAGGAUCCUCGGCUUUACUGCCCCUAUUCAUUACGUUGUGAUACCAGAGAACUCGGAUGGGGAUGGCAACCGCGUCAAAUCAUUGAUAGUACUGGACACAGAGAAUCAAGACAUUGAUCUCAACGUGGAGUGUCGCAUCGUCACCAUUAACGGGAAUGCUGAAUUUGGAGGAACUAUAUUCAGUGUUCGCACAACCCGAGACGGGAAGAACUGCGAGUUAUACAUGAUUGGGAACUUGGACCGAGAGCAGGGAGGCCUUUACAACAUUACCGUGGGAGUACGUCACCAGUCCACCAUAAGCAAACGAUCGAUCAACAACGCAGUCUACAACACAUGGGAGUACACCAACAUAUUGGUGUCGGUGACGGACGUCAAUGACAACGCUCCAUCCUUCCACUUUCCCGUGUAUCCCGUCGCUAGCCUGCAGGCGUACGUGACGGCUAUAAGUAUAGCCGCUCCCCCCAACAGCAGAGUCACACAAGUGCAGGCCUCUGAUCCAGACUUGGGUACGAACGGGAUGGUGUCCUAUUCACUUGGUCCUGUCCCAGGGCUGUUUAAUGAGGUGCCAUUCUACAUCAACUAUGGCGGGGAAAUCUAUACCACAAAGGACUUCUCCCACGAAGAGGCUUUCCCCCGCCAGUUUGUGUUCAAGGUCACGGCUAAGGACAACGCCAUGACGUCAGAACCGCUACAGUCGGAAUCAAACGUUUACGUAAACCUCAUUGAAGACAAGAACCGGUUUAUUCUUGUGUUGACGAGCACCCCUCCGGAAAAGGUCAUCCCAAGGAUCGAGUUCUACAGACAAACACUUCAAAAUGUCACUGGACGUAUUAUUAUUAUCGAGAAAAUCCAAGGCCGCCUGUUUACAGCAGUAGGGGCCAGCCUAUUGGACCUGGACAUCACUGGAACGGAUAUCACAUUCGUAGUAGUCAACGGCGACAGUUUCCGUCUUGAAGAAAACACUGAUAUGGACAUCAUUACAUCGGAAAGCGAUCAAUCCAAGGCCAUCUUGUCACGUGUGAAACAAUCUGCUCUACGGAUAGGCAGCUUCGUCUCCAUGAUCCGCAAACCAUACGAAGCUAACAUGAUGUCGCGCAGUUCGGCAUUUUUAGGCGGUGGUGCGAUACAGGUUACCAAGUCCUACGUAUGGUGGAUGAACGACCCCUGGGCAGCGUUUGUGGCUCUCGCCGGCAUCAUCAUCGUCCUCAGCAUCGUUGGAAUCAUCAUUCUGCUUAAUCUAUGGUCAAGGUACACCAACUAUUUGCAUCGGGUCAGGAUCUACCACACCAACUUCACCAACCCCGAUUUCACAGAACCACCCAGCUUCCUCAGAGAAUAUGAAACCCAGAGUCUCAACAUGUAUGUCCCCCCUGACGAGACGGUGCAGGAGCUUGGCGAGAUUAACAUGAACUUUGACGCAGACACCCCCCGACCUCCAGGCACACACGGAAGAGGUUCAACACGCAAUCCUAUUUACCAAAGUCCCCGUGAACACCAAACUGGCUUCAUAGAAGGAACUACCUUUUUGUAAAAGGAGACUGGCCUACUCGACUUGAUGCACUUCACAGCUCGGAGACAACCCAUAUUAUGAGUCCUCUAAUCAAAGAAAUGUGUUGUAUGUUUUGCACAUAAAAAAACAUUGGUGUUGAAAACACAAUAGUCGUAAUCAGAUGUAUUGAUGUACAAAUCAUAUUUGUAGAUAUGUACAAAUGUAUAUAAGAUUGAAAUAUUACAAAUGAUAUUGAUGUAUAUAGAGGGGCAUACUGUCUCGAGAGUUAUUUUUUCCAUUGCCAAAUGAAAUCCUUUUGUAUAUUUAUACACAUGUCUUUUUAUACACCGCUAUUUAAUAAAAAAAUCUUUAAUAUAAA